AUGUCUCUCUCGCGCAGUCCCUCGCCUGUCCCCGGCGGAGGGUGGUCGAGCCCAGGGUUGAACAUCCACAGCGGUCGAACGAGUCCUGUAAAUCUCAGCGGCGGCCCGGUCGCCUGGGACUCAGCCAAGAUGAGGAACCACAACAUCAAUGGCUACCCGUCAUUCGCGCCACAGCAGAAGACCGGCUUCUUCGCCCGCCACAUGCGACGCUUGUCCAGCAACCUCCCGCGCUUCGCCGGCUCGAGUGGCCCAUACGGCCAGAAGGGGAAGCACGCUCGCGGGCCCUGGUACGGCCCGAAUGGUUCCCUGGCUCGGAGGAUACGAUCUGUGUUUGGGCGCAUGGGCAGGAAGUUCAAGAUAAGGCUGCUGAUCGCUGCCAUUGUGUUGUUUUGCGUUAUCAUAUUCUUUAAUUCUCCUCUUAUAACCUAUUGGAGACGAGCGUCGUGGGGUUACGGUGGUGAGAAGUUCGUCAUCAUUCUGGGCGCUAAUGUUGGUGGAGGCGUGAUGGACUGGAAGGGAGCCCGUGAAUGGGCCAUUGAGCGUGACAGCGUGAGGAACAAGAAAAAAUACGCAGCGAAAUGGGGUUACGAGCUGGAGAUUGUCGACAUGAGCACGAAGAAACGAUACGCACACGAGUGGAGAGAGAGCUGGGAGAAGGUCGACUACGUUCGAAAGACUAUGCGCAAAUACCCUAAUGCUGAAUGGUUCUGGUGGCUCGAUCUGAAUACAUUCAUAAUGGAGCCAUCCUACCCCCUCCAGCGCCACCUCUUCGAAGAUCUCAACAAGCAUGUCUACAGAGACAUCAACGAAUACAAUCCUUUGAACAUUACUCAUCCACUGACGGAGAUCUACCUCGACAAUGAGGCGCAGAGUCCUGUUGGAGACAACAAGGCCAACUCUCUAAAUCUGCUGCUCACACAAGACUGCUCUGGGUUCAACCUGGGCUCCUUCUUCAUGCGACGCAGCGCCUGGACCGAACGAAUCCUCGACAUGUGGUGGGACCCCGUUCUGUACGAACAAAAACACAUGGAAUGGGAGCACAAGGAGCAGGAUGCGCUGGAGCAGAUGUACACGAGUCUGCCUUGGGUCCGUCAGCAUACCGGAUUCCUGCCGCAGCGCAUGAUCAACAGCUUCCCCCCAGCAGCAUGUGACGAGGGCACUGGGAAGGUCAGCACCCGUCACCAUUACAAUGGCGACGAGCGCGACUUUCUUGUCAACAUGGCUGGGUGCGAAUGGGGUCGCGACUGCUGGGGAGAGAUGUACCACUACCGGGAAUUCAGCUACUGGCUCAACCGGAAUCCGUGGGAGCGUUUCAAAGAGGAUCUGGUGGCCGAGAUAUGGUUCAAGAUCACCGGAAAUCGUGUCAAGUUAUAA